AUGGACACCAUAUAUGGCAAGUGGGAUGAUAGUUACGACUUGCUACCGACCUAUCAAGCUGAACUUCUCAGAGUUGUACCUGGAAGUAUUGUUGAGCUAGACACCGAAAAAGAUGACAAUGGUGAUUUCUGUUUCAGCAGGUUCUUUGUUGCUCUCAAACCAUGCAUUGGUGGAUUUUUGCAAGUGGCUUAUGGUGUGAUUGAGACCGAGUCUACAAAAAGCUGGACUUGGUUUGUUAAUAACUUGAAGAAGGCUAUUGGUACUCAUCCUGGUCUUGUCAUUAGUACAGAUGCGGGCAAAGGUAUAGAGGUGGCUGUAUAUGAUGUAUACCCUGGAGUUGAGCAUAGAGAAUGUAUGAGACACUUGUGGAAGAACAUGAAGAAGAAUGGGUAUGGUAGUGAGCUUUAUGGUAAGAAUAUGUGGUGUGCUGCCAAGAGCUUCACAAUUGAUAAGUUCAACUACUUCAUGGGCAAGAUAGAGGAGAAAGAUCCUAGUGCACUUGAGUGGUUGGAUGAGCAUCAUCCAUUUGUUUGGAGUAGAAGCAAAUUCUAUGAAGAUUGCAAGGUAGAUUACAUCAACAAUAAUCUUUCUGAAAGUUUCAAUAGUUGGGUGUCAAAAACCAAGGAUUUUCAGAUUGUUGAGAUGCAUGACAAGAUAAGACAAAUGAUCAUCAAGAAAAUGGUUUUGAGGGCUAAAAUUGGUAGAAAAAUGUCAGGAUACAUCAUCCCAGCUAUCAUCAAUGCUCGAAAUGAUAAAACCAAGACUAUUAAGGACCAUGAGGUGUUGAUAUGUGGGGCUGGAACAGCAAAAGUAACAGUGAACAGAUUCAGACAUGCAGUUAAUUUGGAACAAAAGACAUGUACUUGUAGAGCUUGGCAAGUGACUGGAAAGCCCUGCACUCAUGCUCUAGCUUUUAUUGCUAGGCUUAGCAGGCAUGCAAAGAUGGAUGAAUUUAUUGAUGACUACUUCUCUGUUGAUAGGUUUAGGAAGGCAUAUGCAGGUACUUUCAAUCCUAUGACAUCUAAGGAUAGUUGGCCACGUGUUGAUUUAGGCUACAAAAUCAAGAAACCUAAAUUGAGAAGGAAACCGGGCAGACCAAGAUAG